GGCGCCGGGAAUUUUGUUGCAUUUUUUUGUUGAUUUUUAUAAAAAGCACGUAAAUAUGCGAACAGUAACAGAACCUGUUGAUACCAUAGCAUUGACUCACAACAUCAGUUGCUAUGAGAUAUGCACCAACGAUUUUGCAUAUAACCUUAUAUGCGUUGCACAGUGGAAACAUCUCUCAUUGAUUACCAUUAGUUUGCCGGAGGAGAGUGGUGAGCUUAUGUGGAGCCAUUUGGAGGAUUUGCAGAUAUGUGAAAUGGAAACACCAGGAACGGACACACGCUGUCACAAAAUCGCCUUUUCGCCGGACACUUCACUGAAUGCGAAACCAAGUAAAGUCACCGUUUGUGCGGCGAUUGGAAAAUGCGAAAUUCGAUUGUUUCAAACAGACCUCAACGAGAAGUCAGACGUCAUAUCCCUCAAUGGACACAGCGACUAUGUCAAUGACAUUGCCUGGGUCUGCGACGGCGAAUUGCUGGCGUCGGUGAGCGAUGAUUACACCUGCCGUUUCUGGGACAUUACAACCGACAUGCAAAUGGGAACAACAAAUAUAAAGAAUAUUAUUACGUUCUGUCUAUCAUCGGCGGGCAUGUCGAUUAAAUCCCAUCCCGAUGAGCCCAACAAAGUCCUUGUAGCUGAAAAGCGUGGCAUCAUCCAUUUGUAUAAUGUGCGCAGCAAGCAGACCGUUGUCUCCGUCGAAUCACCGAAAUUUCCGCUCAUGUCUGCGGAUUGGGCGCAGAGCAAUCGACUGUUUGUGACAGCUUUGGCCGGUGGUGAUAUUGUCACAUGGGAUCUUAGCCGUCCCCUCAAGCCGGCCGAUGUGAAGCAGGUGCACGAGGAUGGCGGUCGCAUUGUCCGCUUUGCGCCAGGCAGCGGUGAGGUCGCCAUGGCCAGCAUUGGUCGACCCGAUCUUACGCUUAAGGUCUUUGUAGGCAAGUCAACGGUACCGAUUAUCGAGGCGCCUUUGAAGACCUAUGGCGGUUUAGCAUGGCAUCAGCGCUUGCCGUACAUCACUGCGGCAUCCGACAAUAAAUUGUCCUUUUGGAAGGUGCACGUUAAAUAGUCGGCCAAUUAUAAUAUAAAUAAAUGUGUCUGAAAUGAGA